CCGAUCCCCUUCCCCAGACUGUUUCUGCUUUCUCUUUUCUCCCUUAAAAUUAUAAAAUUGUUGAUCAUCGGGUUUAUCACUUUCUCUCUUCAUAUACCUCCGGAUCAACACAGACGAUCACUCUAUUCCAAAACCCUUUGGACUCGAUCUUGGAACCUUCUCUCUAUACAGUUUCUACACGCGAUCGAUUCGCGACUCUAUUCCCCAUGACGAUGGUUAUGGAAAACCAAAACCGCCCCUAUGGCGGCAUGAGCUUCGACAAUGUCUACCACCACACCCCACCACAAUUCACAGACCCGUGGGCGGCGCACACUUCGUCGCACUCGACACCCCCGGUCUAUGCGACCUCCAUGGGCAAUGGCGCCAGCAUGGGCCUCGCUCAGGUCAAGCAAGAGGAAGUGAACCGCUCCGGCAUGUCCAUGCCUUACCCUAGCAUCCCUGUGUCCGCCCCGUCAAUGGUGGCUGGGAGCACCUACGCGACCGCCAGCUAUGGCCCAGAGGUAAUGGGAAUGCAACAUGAGGUGCCACGCACAACUUUCGACCAGGCUCCUUCCUACACCACGGCUCCUCCAAUGAGCAACUUCGCACCUUCCAGCUAUGCCUAUGCCCCCAUUCACCCCUCCCCGCAAGACGGCCGUCGUAUCUCGCACUCAGAUGCCGUUCGCGUUGGCUCUUCAGCUUCCGCCCCUACUUUCGGUGACGCGCUCGACGCCAGCCGCGGAAUGGUCGCUCUCAGCCAGGAUCUGACCCCGCGCAACAUCUACGGCCCUGGCCAUCGCGGCGCGCGAAGCUCCGCCGAUUCCUACGGUUUCCCCUCCACCCAAUCUUCCGCCUCAUCCAUCUCCUCCGGCGGCAACUACCCCUACUACAGCGCGUCGGUGGGCUCCGUCGACUCCUCCGUGACAGACUACAGCUCCACAACUUCCGAGUCAUAUGAAUCGCGCACUCUCCCCCGGCCGACCAGCCUUUUGGCCGGCAGUGCUCCCCCUGGCCCGCAAUCAAUGAUGAGCCAAUUCAGCUCCAAGAUGCCCUCCAACACCCAGAAGAAGCAUAAGUGCAAGGUCUGCGACAAGCGGUUCACGCGUCCGUCUUCUCUUCAGACGCAUAUGUACAGCCACACUGGCGAAAAGCCAUUCGCAUGUGAUGUUGAAGGCUGCGGGCGGCACUUCUCCGUUGUCUCAAACCUGCGUCGGCACAAGAAGGUCCACAAGGGCGAGAAGGACACCGGCUCUGGCGAUGACGACGAGUAAUCUGCCAAUCUCCUUUCAUACGACUACAUUCUUCUACUCGAUUCGGAAACCCCGUCGAGUGCUCUCUCUCCUAACCCCCUUCGCGCACAAAGCGCCAGAUCUUUCACCCGCCACAAACUCGUUCUCCCUGUGCCAUGAGCAUGAACCAACUGCGUUGGCAUGUUUUAUACAAAUGGCUGGGGCUUUCUCGUCUCCUUGUACAACAGCAUGGAUCACCUUUUCAUCACCUUUUUCUAUAUCAACUCCCGACACACAUUUCUUCAUCGGAGAGAGAAACGCUUAUACAUACCAUACUCCUUCCAAAAGGGUCUGUGAUUUAUGGGUAUAAUGGGUUCUGUUUGAGGGCCACAGGCAAGAGAGUGCCUUUUCUUUUCUUUUCUCUUUCAUAUUUCCAUGUUUCAUUUGUUUCACCCACGUUACGACCAUAGAGGUUUCCGGCUGGAUGCGUUGUUUUCAUUUCAUUUCUUAUUCUUUCGCUAGACCUGGGCGUCACCUUUCUGCUUUUUCUCGAUACCAUGGGGGCUUGUGAUGAUUCGAUGUUUCUUUAUUUUCUCGGCAGGCCAUACCCUGACACUUUUUUUUUCGCUUCUUAAUCUUCCAUGGUCUGCAUUCUGCAUGGCUUGAACCCAUUACAUUUUCUCUUUUCCCCCAGUCGCCUUUUUCCACCAAGUCUGCGUUUCAAGUGCAUUGGGUUCACGUGCAAGUUUGGGUUGGUGUUGAUGAUGAUACCCAUAGGAAGAAGCAUUGUUCCUAUUGUUUUGAUACUGGCUGGGCCUGGCCUUGUUCGAGUCUCACAUUACAGUCG